CGCGAUCAACCCGCUUGCACAGACUGUAUCAACGUAUUUUCACGCAUCCGGGAUCGGUUAGCAGACCCAAAUUUCGAUGAAAUGUUGAAGAAUCUCGUAAAAGAAAAGCUAUGUGCUUCCUUCGGAAUCUUCGAAAAAAUGUGCGAAGCAGCCGUUUCGAAACAAGUGGAUGCGAUGAUUGACGACGCCUCUAACACCAACAUCACUGAACUGUGCGUCCUCUUCGAGCAAUGUGCAGGCGUCUUGUCUGUGGAACUGCAGGCUUUUAUGCAGGCUGUUCUCGAGAAGCAGGUUUCUCAAUCGCGUUCUCCACAACCUCUAACUCCAUUGCUCGGAGCGAAAGAAAACCAAAAACCUGGUGCAGAGAUUCCAGUUGUUUGUGAGUUUUGCGAAACUCUGAUUAAGAAGGUUCUUGACUUAACUGUGAAUAACCUCACCGAGGAAGCCGUCAUCAGUGCCCUGGAGCAGCCCCUACCUCUCCGCCUUGGUGACACCUGCGAACUUUGUCAGAUGGUUAUACAGUAUGUUUACAAUCAGAUCAGUGAUAAUGCGACUGAAGCAGAAAUUGAGGAACACCUGAAGCAUGUGUGCGAUCACGUUGGCCCACUGAAGGACCAGACAUCAAAGACGGCAGAAGAACGUUCUGUAGGCAAGUUCGCCAACCUGGCUCCAUCCUAUCGUCGACUUGGUGACAUAAAGCCGCUGAUCGCUUCGGUUCAUCUUUUGGAUUUACCGAAUCUUCAACCCAGCGUUAUUGCUUCCCUGUAG